AUGUGCAGAGAAUACAAUUUAUGUAAACUCUUAAAAUUCAUUUUAGAUAAAUCCAAUUUCCUGGCUGUAGAUUUUUAUAAUGAUGCCAGAUUGUUUAUUUCAGAUAACUCUAUCAAAAGAUCACCUCACCCUAUUAAGCAGAAGCAUAUGCCAUCCACAUUAGAAACAAUUAAACUUUAUUUUGUGGUUCCAGAAGAAAUUUUCGAUGAUUUCAGUGUCAGAGAAUUACAACAACAGAUAAGGACAAUGAAGAAAAGGAUAUUGAGAAGAUGUCUAGAACACUCCAAAAAGUGGAAUAGUAGGCUUUAUCUAUUCCAAUAA